AUGUCUCAGCAGCGCGACACAUACGCUGCCGGAUAUACCCGACCGUCAAUUCGCGAUGCCUUCCCGGAUACUGCGGCCGCCCUCGACAAUGCGCCUAGAGCGAGCGAGUCCGGCGACGAACGGGACCCCCAUGACCUAUCCCUGUCUCCAAACCACGCGGCUCGCACAUCCAUUGUUGAUAACAUGCUGCUAUCGCUGGACCAAUUUGCCCCGGCUUCAUCAGUGCUAGACGACUAUCGAUUGUUCAAUUCGGCCUUUGAGACAGACUCGACCAAUGGCCGAUACCGCGGCCACACCUUCUCCUCCUCAAUGUCUUCCGAAGCCGACUUCGGAUAUGACGAUGGAAGCAGUCGCUACGCUACUAUAACCGCCAAAGGCCGCCGGAGCAAUAGCAGUUCUAAUCAUCAAACAGCCCCGAGGAGGAUGGGGAGUGCCCGCGGGGAUGCCAUGAGCACUCGAUCAGGUGCCGGGACGAUGCCGAGAUCCAAUGAUAUACGCAAAGGUAGCAAGGGAAGCACUUCGACGGCGGACUAUACAUACACAAUUCCUAGAGGGCGCGCUGAUUCAGGAGGCAUGGAUCGACAUCGACGCUCAGAAAGUUUUGACUGCGGCCCACAGAAGUUCAUCCCACAUACGGACGUCGAUGCUAGCCAGGACUACUUAUACGACGACGAUGCGGCACCGACACCAAGUGUUCCAGCAGGACCCCGCAAGCUUCAUGAUUAUAGGACCCCAACCGCCCCUGCAUCACGAACGCCUGCCGCAUCGCGGCGAAAUAGUGUAAAGUCAGCGCAAGCACCCCAGGUUCGAAAAUCUCGCCCUGAAAAUAUCGGAACCAGCACUUUGAAAGGCCGGGAGAGUGAAUUCCAGCCAUCCGGAGAGACGGAUCUCGAUAUGCCUCCGGCCAUGCCCGCAACAUUAGAUCCGCCUGCGCCGAGCCCGACUAUUUCAUACAAUAAACCGGCUUUCCCUCAACCGGAACCCACAGCGAUGGCAACAACCACUGUUAUUACUGCAACCAAUAGCAACAGCAAUAACUCUGCAAGUACUCCCAAAGAACCACCACGCCCGGGCUUCUUCCGACGUGUCUUUGGCGCAGGGAAGAAUUCGUCCCCAGUUCCAGCAGAGUCUCCAACCUCAAACACCAACGACGCAUCUGUGCAAGAGGCCGAGCAGAAGGAUUCCCCUGGAGCGACUGCCACCCUCAAAACCCGCAGACAGCAACCACCCCCGAAGAGUUCGGCUGGAGCACCUCCGGCUACACGCGAUGGACCUCCACACUUGGUCAAGCAGAAGUCUUCGUUUUUCCGACGUCGUAAGAAGUCUGUGGUUGAUAAUGUCCCGCCCCCGAUUACCCUGCCUCAGGACCUCGCAUCGAACGCUCUAGAUUACAUGAAGCCAGAGCCAAGCCCGGUGAGCAGCUUGCGACAGGUGAUGAAUCCUUAUAUAGCAGACGGUACCCCAGGGAAUCCGGAGGCCCGUGAAGGCAGUAAACUGGCCCGGGAAGCAUUAUCAUUGCAAACGGAAAAGCCAAGAGAAAGUGUCUCGGCUCCUGGAGGUCCCUCCAAGACGAAGCAAAGCCUCCAGCCGCCGGCUUCUUCCCGCGGCCAGGAUCGCUCACCGCUAGCUGGCGGUCGUGGCACCUCCGAUAACACUCCAAAAGCUAGUGAUGUGGAGUCAAAUGCGUCUGCCGAUUCCCCCUUGCAGGAGAAGAGUACAAAUUCAGCGUCACCGGCCAUGCUGUCACCUGUUGCAGAAGCUUUCCCACGCAACCUCAAGGUUUCCACUAAGUCUGAUGUCUCCCAGGAUAAUCUGGCUGGACCCAAAAAGUUGACACUCCUCCCCUCUGACAACAAUGUUCCCGAAUCACCUGCCGCUUCCGAAGUUUCUCACUAUCAAACUGCAUCCAACACUCCUGUGAUCGAGUCGGAGGAGCCCAAAGCUAUUGCAGACGAGGAAGACAAGAUGGAUGGCCCCGGCGAGGCUGUUGAAGAUGGACCCUCCGCGUCUGACAGAGAGCAAGCGCAAAAGCUCUUUGAUAGCCAAGAUGAGGUCGUUGGAAAUGAUCCAGCGGCUGCUUGGCUUGGUGACCCUGAUCGCGCCACAAUUCGCGAGGCUUAUAUGCGACUCUUCAACUGGUCCAACAUGAAUAUUCUUGCUGCUCUCCGAAGUCUUUGCCAGCGCUUGGUUUUGAAGGGAGAGACUCAGCAGGUCGACCGGGUCUUGGAUGCCUUCUCAACCAGAUGGUGUGAUUGCAACCCGAGUCAUGGCUUCAAGGCUACCGAUGUCGUCCACACCAUUUGUUACUCCAUUCUUCUACUGAACACCGACUUGCAUUUAGCCGACAUUGAAUCGAAGAUGACCAAGUCGCAAUUCGUCAGAAACACCAUGCCGACAAUCCAUCGUGUCGCGAUGGAUGCAGCCCCGGAAGGCUUCGAGACAUUGCGCCCUGUCAACCGCUCUAAGACCGCCUCUUCGAACCCCGACUCGACCCCGACCCCUACCUCUGCGCGCUCUCCUACCUUUCCCACCGAUAUUGGCCGCAGUUCAUUAGACAUGGAAAAGACAACUGAUACCGAUGCUGGCCCAUUGGUCAGCACUCCUUUCACUGGAACUGUCAGGGCAUGGGAACAGCAGGUGGAAGCAGUGCUUAAGGAAUUCUAUACCUCGAUUCAGAAGGAGAGACUUCCUCUCCACGGCGCACAGCCGCAGCCGGAGAAAGAGAUUUCGCGCAUGUCAUCUAACAACUUCCUCGGCCCAACUUCCAGCCUGCUUCGCAGAAGUCCCAGCACUAUUAGCAAAAGUGGCUCAGACAUCUUCCCUCGGGGUCGCUCCGCCGAUUCUCGCCAUGGUGCUGCACGCUGGUCGUCAAAACCGCGCUCACGGGGCGCCAGAUUAUAUCCUCCGUCUAUGAUGGGAUCCAGCCGGACAAGUUUGGACGACCAGUCCUCAGUCUGGAGCCCAACUGCGUCAAGCACAUGGAGCAAGUAUUCACUUGGCAAGUUUACCUCUGCUUCUGUGGAUUCGUUUGGCUCGGAGUUCCCUCGUGGCGAAUAUCAGCAAUCAAUUGGUUUUGCCAACGCUCUCAGCCAAGCCAUUAUCCGAGAAGACUCCGCCACCUCUAUUUAUAGCUUUGACGAGCCAGAGAGGACGACGCCACUUCUGGAAGACGAAACUUUAGCCUUAGCCGGUGCCCCCUGGGCCAAGGAAGGCAGCGUGAAGCACAAGCAUCAUUUGGAUGCAGUUGACAAGCGCGCCAAGGACCGCAAUUGGAACGAGUGUUUCGCUGUCAUCCAGCAAGGCUGGAUGCGCCUUUUCUCAUUCAGCAACGCAUCAAAGUCAAUGCGAAUGAAGGCGAAGCAACGCGGAGGCGUCGUCGUCGGAGGCGGCAACUGGACCGAGAACGCAGAAGAGAUAUGGAAAUUCAUGCUUCGGCAGACCAUUGCCAGCGCCCUCCCUUCACCGGGUUAUUCCAAGUCUCGCCCACAUGUCUGGGCCUUGAGUCUACCCACCGGAGCAGUCCAUCUCUUCCAAGCCGGCACUCCGGAAAUCGUACGCGAAUUCGUCUCAACGGCCAAUUACUGGAGCGCACGUUUAUCCAAACAACCUCUGGUGGGAGGAAUCAGUAAUAUCGAAUACGGAUGGAGUGACGCAGUAAUCAACAGCGCCCUAAUCAAUCCCGAUAGUCAAAAUCAGAAUCGAUCACCGCCCCCUUCAUCUGGCACCGCGGGUCCGGCUCCACGAGCUAGUAUCCAAAGCUCAAUCCGCUCUUCCAUCGACCAUCAGGGCGCUAUUCGACCGAAAUUACCCGCCGACAGGGUAAACAUCAGUGACUGGAGUCCACCACAGCAAAGCAUGGUUGCUUCGAACCUGACGGAAGAAGACCAGUUAAAGGCUCUCCAGUCGUAUGUGAAGAAUGUCGAAGAUGAUUUGCAGCGUCAUAACGAGUUGCGUCCGGCGAUGAAUUUGGCUUUUUCGCCCAGACAUCCGAAUUCCUCGAAGGCUAUGGCUAAUUGGGAACGGAAGUCGUCGUAUCUUCUUAGGGAGAUUGUUAAGUUCAGGACUUAUAUUGAUUCGUUGAGGAAUGCGAUUAAUUCCAAGGUUAAGAUUUUUGCGGAGUCGAAUAAUUACAAUAGGACUGAUGGGGAUGAUGGGGUUGUGGCUGUUGAUGGGGAGAAGGGGGAGGAGAAGGAGGAGGAGCAGAAAACGCCUGUUUCUGCUUGA